AUGAGGCUGAGACUCGUCUGUGCUCUGCUUUCUCUCCUGGCAGGGCACAGCUGGGCAGACACCCGAGCAAUCGGGGCCCAGGAAUGCCGCCCCAACUCGCAGCCGUGGCAGGCUGGACUCUUCUUCCUCACCCACCUCUUCUGCGGGGCAUCCCUCAUCGGUGACCGCUGGCUGCUCACAGCUGCCCACUGCCGCAAGCCGUAUCUGUGGGUCCGCCUUGGGGAGCACCACCUCUGGCGAUGGGAGGGUCCAGAGCAACUGUUCCGGGUCACGGACUUCUUCCCUCACCCUGGGUUCAACAAGGACCUCAAAGCCCAAGACCAUAAUGAUGACAUCAUGCUGAUCCGGCUGCCCAGGAAGGCACACCUGGGAGCUGCUGUGCAGCCCCUCAACCUCAGCCAGACCUGCGUCUCCCCAGGCACCCAGUGCCUCAUCUCAGGCUGGGGUGCCGUGUCCAGUCCUAAGGUGCAGUAUCCGCUCACACUACAGUGUGCGAACAUCAGCAUCCUGGACCACAAACUGUGCCAUCGGGCAUAUCCGGGUCACAUCUCUGACAGUAUGCUCUGUGCCGGCCUUUGGGAGGGGGGCCGGGGCUCCUGCCAGGGUGACUCUGGGGGUCCUCUGGUUUGUGACGGGACCCUGGCAGGUGUGGUGUCUGGGGGUGCCGAGCCCUGUUCCAGACCCCGGCGCCCCGCCGUGUACACCAGCGUAUGCCACUACCUAGACUGGAUCCGAAAGACCAUGGAGGACAACUGA